GGGACCGCAUCACCAACUCUGUCAAACCGCUCUUUGCAACAUGGCUUCAGACCCUAUUUCGGUGCUGUUCGUCUGCCUAGGAAAUAUCUGCCGGUCCACUAUGGCCCACGGCGUUUUCCAAUCAAUCGUGUCUAAACCACCCUAUCAAGGCCUCAUCAAAGAGGUAGAUAGUUGUGGGACUGGGGCAUAUCACAUAGACAGCAGCCCAGAUUCACGAACGAUGUCGGUCCUCGAAGACAAUGGGAUUGUUGACUAUGUGCACGCAGCGCGAAAGAUCCACGUCUCGGACUUCCAGAAGUUCGACUAUAUCUUUGCUAUGGACAGAGACAACCUGCGAGAUCUUCAACGGAUUCAUCAACGUGCAGGUGGCAAGGCAAAGGUCAUGUUGUUCGGAGAGUUCUCUGGAAAGAAGAAGGCUGAGGAGGUUGAUGAUCCUUAUUACGGGGGAAGAGAUGGCUUUGAAAUCGCGUAUGAGCAGUGUGUGAGAUUCUCCAAGAAUUUCCUGAAGCAGACCUUUCCGGAUGUCAAGUCAUGACAUGAGACAGGAGCACAUGUGCGAAGGAGAGCAGUGGAUGCCGCCGGAUCAAGGCAUGAGGCAGCCCCUCCUCCUUGGAAUGCGGGGGAUGAGGGAUGGGGGAGAGCAGGCUCAGGGGCUCACAAAGGAUGAUGUGCAGCACAGCAUCUACGAUAGUACGAUAACGCCGCCGUAAGCACGAGGC